UCAGCGCAACCCUAUACACAUCCCAGACAGAGAACAGCUGACAGGCAAUCACUGAGGACAGCUAAGAGCGACGUGAGAAUCAGGCACUGCCAUGGGCGCCUAAGAGAUAUCUCUCCAAUCAGCGCUCAGAGAGGGGUCCUGACCAACAGCCCGAUUCCCGGGGCUCCGCCCAGCAGAGAGAUGGGAACCCCCCAGAAGGACGUUGUGUUAAAGCCCGAAGCACCAAAAGCCCUUCUUCUGGAUAAACACUCUGAGUACAUUGAGUCGUAUGGAGCCAAGAAGGACGAUUAUGAGUAUUGUAUGUCGGAGUACCUACGGAUGAGUGGUGUCUACUGGGGCCUGACCGUUAUGGAUCUGAUGGGCGAGCUUCAUCGUAUGAACAAAGAAGAGAUCCUGGCGUUUAUCAAGUCCUGCCAGCAUGACUGCGGCGGGUUCAGUGCCAGCAUCGGACAUGAUCCUCAUCUACUAUAUACACUUAGUGCUGUGCAGAUCCUCACUCUAUUUGACAGUCUUUCUGAGGUGAACACGGAGAAGAUCCUUGAAUACGUCCAGAGUCUACAGAAGGAAGACGGCUCUUUUUCUGGAGACAAAUGGGGGGAAAUAGACACUCGCUUCUCUUUCUGUGCUGUAGCCACACUCGCACUGCUGGGGAAGCUGGAUGCCGUGAAUAUAGAAAAGGCGAUCGACUUUGUUUUGUCAUGUAUGAACUUUGAUGGAGGUUUUGGCUGCCGACCCGGUUCAGAGUCCCAUGCUGGUCAGAUCUAUUGUUGCACAGGAUUCCUGGCCAUCACCAACCAGUUGCAUCAAAUGAAUGCCGAUUUACUGGGCUGGUGGCUCUGCGAGCGUCAGCUGCCAUCAGGAGGUCUCAACGGGCGACCAGAGAAGCUUCCGGAUGUUUGCUAUUCCUGGUGGGUGUUGGCCUCCCUGAGGAUAAUUGGAAGACUCCAUUGGAUUGACAGAGAGAAGUUACGCAUGUUUAUUUUGGCCUGUCAGGAUGAAGAGACGGGAGGAUUCGCAGACCGGCCCGGUGAUAUGGUAGAUCCAUUUCAUACUCUGUUCGGAAUUGCUGGGCUGUCUCUGCUGGGAGAGGAAGGCAUCAAGCCUGUGAAUCCAGUGUUUUGUAUGCCUGAAGAGGUCCUGCGUAGAAUUAAUGUACAACCUGAGCUAGCAAGCUAGAAUCCACAAGGAGAAGCCUUCUAACCAUAAGCUGCUAGUGUUCCCUGACAGUUUUCUGCUCGCUGCGCCUUCCGCCCCCGUUGUCUGCUGAUCCAUUUACUUUGUUCGCAAUGAGGUGCUGGGUGUAAAGUGUAUGUAUAGACAAAACGUUUUUUGUUUUUUAGAUAGAGGAAAGCAUCGGAUUACCUUUGUGUUUUUUCA